UGCUGUCAAAGUCAUGUUGAUAGUUAAUGGAAUAGCUGACGGUGACGGUUGUAGAGGUACACUUACAAAUUUUUGUUAAUUGUUCUGUACAAUGGUUCAAUUGAUUGCUAAAUUAAUCUGUGAAAUUAAAAGUUGAUAUCUACACAAAUAUGGUUCAAUUUCUUCUUCAGUGUCUCAUCAUUUGUAGUAUCAUUUUAUACAGCAAUGGAUUUUACGUUCCUGGUGUGGCUCCAGUGGAGUUUAAGAAAGGCCAAAGAAUUGAGGUUAAAGCAGUGAAAAUGACAAGUACACAUACACAGCUGCCAUAUGAAUAUUACUCACUUCCAUUUUGUUUACCUAAAAAUGGUACAUUUGUUUACAAAUCUGAGAACUUGGGUGAAGUACUGCGUGGGGAUCGAAUUGUAAAUACUCCUUAUGAAGUUCAUAUGGCGGAAAACAUUAAGUGCCGUCUGUUAUGUCAUCAAAAGAAUACCCCAAUCAAUUGGAGUGUAGAAGAGUCUGAGAAAGUAGCAAGUCGCAUCGAACAUGAAUACUUUGUCCAUCUGCUAAUUGAUAAUUUACCGGUGUCAACAAAAAUUGUGAAUAUGGAAACAUUGGAGAGAACCAUAGAACAAGGUUAUCGUUUAGGCAUUAUGUAUGAAGGCAAAGCAUACAUUAAUAAUCAUCUAAAAUUUCUCCUUAAAUAUCAUAAACACGGGAUAGAUUCAUACCGUGUAGUUGGUUUCGAAGUUGAAGCUCUAUCUAUUGACAAAAAUGAAUUGACAUUUACUGAUGAUACUUGUCAGCUUCCAAGUAUUCCUAAGAGGCAAUUGGUGAAUGAAGACACAGGCACUAAACUGUAUUUUACAUAUUCUGUGGAAUGGGGCGAGUCUGAGAUACAGUGGGCAUCUCGUUGGGACAUGUAUUUAGGGAUGAAAGAUACACAAAUACAUUGGUUUUCAAUUGUGAACUCAAUUGUAGUACUAUUCUUCUUAUCAGGUAUAUUGACUAUGAUUAUGGUAAGGACAUUAAGGCGAGACAUAGCUCGGUAUAAUUCUGAUGAAAUGAUGGACGAUAUGAUAGAAGAAACAGGGUGGAAACUGGUUCAUGGAGAUGUGUUUCGUCCUCCACCAAAAAGAAUGCUUUUCGCUGCUGUUAUUGGAAGUGGCAUUCAAGUAUUUCUCAUGGCUCUCAUCACUAUUUUUAUAGCCAUGCUUGGAAUGUUAUCACCAGCAAGUCGAGGUGCAUUAAUGACGGCUGCUAUAUUCCUUUAUGUAUUCAUGGGACUUAUUGCUGGCUACUACUCGGCGCGCUUGUACAGCACUAUGAAAGGGAAACAGUGGAAACAGGCUGCAUUCCUGACAGCUACUCUUUAUCCAGCAAUUGUCUUUGGAACCUGCUUCUUUUUAAACUUCUUCAUAAUGGGUAAACAUUCCAGUGGUGCAGUUCCUUUUUCCACAAUGAUGGCAUUGUUAUGUUUAUGGUUCUGCAUAUCACUUCCAUUGGUGUACUUGGGCUAUUAUUUUGGAUGUCGUAAGCAACCAUUCCAACAUCCCGUUAGAACCAAUUUCAUUCCAAGAAAAGUUCCUGAGCAAGUGUGGUAUAUGAAUAUUUUUGCAUGUAUUUUAAUGGCUGGAAUCCUACCGUUCGGAGCUGUAUUCAUAGAACUAUUCUUUAUCUUCAAUGCACUAUGGGAAAACCAAUUUUACUAUUUGUUUGGAUUCCUGUUCCUGGUAUUCUGCAUACUAGUAAUUUCUGUAUCACAAAUAUCAAUUGUAAUGGUCUACUUCCAGUUGUGUGGUGAGGAUUAUCAUUGGUGGUGGAAGAGUUUUAUCGUGUCUGGGGGCUCUGCUGUGUAUAUUUUAAUUUAUUCAGUCUUUUAUUUCUUCACCAAAUUGGAAAUAACAGAGUUCAUACCAACUUUGCUGUACAUCGGUUACACAGGACUCAUGGUUUUGACGUUUUGGCUUUUGACCGGCACAAUUGGAUUCUUUGCAGCCUACACUUUUAUACGAAAAAUCUAUGGAGCUGUGAAAAUUGACUAAGUCGUAAUUAAGGAAAUUUAACUAAAUUAUGUAGUUUAUUUGGAUCUGAGUGAUUUAAUUUACUGCUGAGAUUUUGUUAUGUGUAUAUAGUAUCAUAAUGUUGCAUUUUUAGUCAUUUAAGGGAUUAGUUUGCAUGAAAGUUUUGACUAUCGGCCAAAAACUUAAAAAUAUCACUCGUUAAGUCACGUGUUUUCAUUAUGAUUCGCCGAGUCGACACGCUAAGAAGAAGGAUAUUUAUAUAAUAUUAUCUUAUAAAAUAUAAUAUUUACUCAACAAAAUGUGAGUAAAUAUUAUAUUUUAGGUACUUGGUCGUAAUUAAAACAUUAUAUUUCCCAUCUUAAGGCGUACCCUACACGCUAGCGCCGACAUCGCAGUUUAGCCAUGUGUUCAUUCCCUUUGUCAACCGAAUGAGGUCGCCACCAUCAAUAUUAGUGGCCAGUGAAUGAAGCCAAACAAAAGGUUAGAGCGCAUAUUACAAGUUAGCAAUAAGACAGCAGGCUUUACAGUAGAAACGUUAAAAUUUGCAAGGAAUUAAAAUUCAAACCCCAGGUUUAGACCCAGAAAGAAGAAUUAUUUUUCUUGUUUAAUUAUUUUCAUCAGAACUUAGUCGGAAACAAAAUCAUCAUUCGAUCUUUUUCUAUUAUGCAGUCAACGUCUUCUUGCUUAGAAGACGUUGACUUUAUUGUAUGAAGAGAAAGGAAUAUAUUGACUUAUGUUUUAUGUGUACACUUAAUACAAUCAACAGCAUGUCAAGUUACCCUGUAUGCAUAUAUAUUAUUCUGCAGUAAGAACGGUGAAUUUUCAAUUCAUCAUAGGUUGAUGAGCUGUUGACUGUACCUAACACAUGAUACUAUUUAAUUUAAAUGUUUUGUGAUUCAAUUCAGUUAUAUGAAGUAUAAUCUAUGAUAAAAUGAAUAUCAAUAAAGCUAUGAACAACC